UGCCCAGCGAACAAGCGGCGAAGAGGCUCACAGGGGUGGGCAACGUCUCCGCCGCUAAUUGUCAGCAGCAAUGGUUUCUGCAAAGCAGUUUGCAGACUUUGGCUAUAAAGCUUUUUCUAGCUCAAUGAUGCUCCUUACACUGUAUGGUGGCUACCUCUGCAGCCUCAGAACAUACCAUUAUUUUCAGCGCAAGAGUCUCCUGGAGCAAGUUGAGAAGGAGCAUGUUGAUGCUAUCAAGGACUGAAGACUGUCUGCACAUGACUUGGAUUCCAACAGUUGAAUUCCAAUUGCUAUGUGUAACACCCUGUCAGGAAGCAAAACUGCAGGCAUCUCUGCCACAAGGAACAGGCAUUCCAGGCUGUAAUAUUAAAGAGGGUAAAAACAUCUGAGUGAUCACACAUUCUGUGCCCAGUUUCUCUUAUUUCUGUAAAUAGAUGAUUAAUUAAAGAUGUGUUCACAGAA